CCACUCAACACAGACAAGACACAGGAGGUGCCCGCUGACCGAGACUCCAACUAUUAUCGUCAACUUGCUGGCCUUCACAGCAGUAUGGUCGGGCCACGGAUACUGCUAGUUGUGUGCUGGGUGUUUGGAGCAGUGUGUGGUCAGGACUCUCCACCAUGGUUCCAGAACAUCACCACCAACCUGUUCAACGCCUCAGGAGAUAUCCUCCUUGGGGGGCUCUUCCCACUUAAUGAGUUAACCAGCAACCUGAGCCAAAGAUUACAACCGGACAGCAUUAUAUGUGACAGUCUUAACAGUUAUGGUUUGGGCAUGGCCCUGGUAAUGAAGUUCACAGUGGAUGAGAUCAACGCCAACUCCAACCUGCUCCCUGGCAUCAGGCUGGGCUAUGAGCUGUUCGACACCUGUAGCCAGUCUGCUGUCAUUGUGAAGCCCACGCUCUACUUCCUUACUCAGGGCUCCAGUGGGGAGCUGGCUGUCAUGUGUAACUACACAGAUUACAUGACCCGUGUGGUGGCUGUCAUUGGUCCGUUCUCCUCAGAGAUGACCUUCGCAAUAGGACAACUACUGGGAUUCUUCCUCAUGCCAUUGGUCAGCUACGGAGCAACCAGUGAAACCUUCAGCGACACGAGUCUGUACCCAUCUUUCCUGCGCACUGUGCCCAGUAACAAGAGGCAAGUCCAGGCCAUGGUAGAGCUGCUGAUAAAGUUUCAAUGGAACUGGGUGGCCGUGGUGGGCAGUGAGGAUGAGUACGGGAGCAACGGCCAGCUCCUGUUCUCCUCCCUGGCUACAGAUAGUCAGAUCUGUGUGGCUUACAAGGGGUUAAUCCCCGUCUUCGGUGACCCAGAGCCGGUGGUCAGAGAAAUCGUGGACAACAUCAUUGACAACUUGGUGGAGGUGGUGGUGGUCUUCUCCCUCGCCCAGCCUGCACGAGCCUUCUUCACCGAGGUGAUCAAGAGGAAUCUGAAAGCGGUGUGGUUGGCCAGCGAUAAUUGGGCCCUGCAAACGGACGUGUCCUCUCUCCCUAACAUCCACACUGUGGGCACCAUCAUCGGCUUCACUGUCCAGAGCCCGGACCUAGACCUGCUUACACCAUACACCAUGGAACUCUUCACCCGGAUCAGGGAGGAGUCGGCCAGCCAGCCUCCUCCGGGUCCAGACGCUGACCCAACCUUCAUGAUGCAACAAUGCCCAGAGUGCUGGAACCUGUCACCAGACAACAUGAGCCUUGUGACAAAGCCGGUACUGCAGAGGACAGCUUUCAGUAUAUAUGCUGCCAUCUACUGCGUUGCACAUGCGCUGCACAACGUGCUUGAGUGCAAUGCCAAUAGUUGCCUGAGGGGCAAAAAAAGCCAAGUCUAUCCCUGGCAGCUGUUGAAGGCGUUGCGGAAGGUACAUUUCACUGUACUUGGACGACAACUUGAGUUUGACAGUAAUGGAAACCCAAACAUUGGUUUCAACAUAAUACAGUGGAUCUGGACAAAUCAAAGUCUGAGUUUUAAAGAUGUUGGUGUCUUCUAUAAGAGUCUGUCAAUCAACAACACACUCAUCCAGUGGCAUACAGGCAGUACUAAGGCCCCUGAAUCGGCAUGUUCCUUCGAGUGUGAACCUGGCCAGGUGCGUAGAGUAAAAGGCUUUGAUUCCUGCUGCUAUGACUGCUUUGACUGUUUACCGGGCACCUUCCAGAAUAACACAAUGGACAUCCAAUGUACCUGGUGUGUGAAGGGCGAGUGGUCUCUGGAGCGUAGCACCAACUGUACCAAGCCCAUCUUUGACUUCCUGACAUGGGACCAACCUGAGUCCUUGGGGCUUCUGCUGGCCAUGGUGUUGCUGCUAUCCUGUCAGACUGCUGUGUGCGUCCUGUUCCUGCAGCACUGGGGGUCUCCACUGGUGAGGGCCUCUGGGGGGCCUGUGGGUGGUGUGGCCCUGCUCAGCCUGAUGGGAGGCUGUGUCUGCCUGCUGCUGUUCCUGGUCCAGCCGGGGGAUGUGGUGUGUCAUCUGCAGCUGCCACUUACCUCCAUCACCCACACCGUCGCCCUCUCUACCAUCCUAGGCAUCGCUCUUCAGAUAAUGUACAUGACCGAGUUCACAGAGAACGCUCCUUCUCACAUGGAAACGCUGAGAGGCUUUGGAGGCUGGCUCCUGGUACUGGCCUGCUGUGGAGUGCAGGCUGGGAUCUGUGGCUACUAUCUCCAGGAAGGGCCGUCUCUAUCCCAGUACCUGGCCAGAAUGGACGUGAAUUUUAUCAGGACGUUCCUGCAAUGCCCUAUUGAACCCAUGUUAGGUCUAGGCCUGAUGCAGGGCUUCAACGGCCUCCUGGCCCUCAUGUCCUUCAUGUGUACCUUCAUGGCCAUGAAGCCCCAUCGACAGUACAACCUGGCCAGAGAUAUCACCUUCGCCACCCUGACAUACUGCAUGGUUUGGGGGGUCUUCAUCCCGAUCUACAGCGGUCUGAAUGUCAAGAACCGCACCAUUGUUCAUGUUUCUGUCAGUUUGCUCAGUAACAUGGGGCUGAUAGCUUUCUACUAUAUGCCAAAAUGUCACCUUCUGUUGAAGAGGCCGGAGCUCAAUAAAAUAGAGUACUUCUGUACCUUUCUUGAGGGGGUUCCAGCAACUCCUUUGAUGGAACAGGGCCAGGGAGAUACAGGGGAGGGACAGCAAUCAAGGAAGUGACAGAGAGAGAGAGUGGAAUAUUUUCUGUUUUAUUUUUAAUAUUGGCUAUUCCAUUCAGUUUGUUAUGAAUUCAAUCUGCAAUAG